CCAACGUCUUUCUUUUACAUUGAGUCGGUAUAAAAGUACCCAACAGGACGAUGGGAAUACACAGCAGUCACAGCUCAUCCAGAAGAACAACCACAAGAUCAUGACCAUGGGCAAGAUCAUCUUCUACGAGGAAAGGAAUUUCCAGGGUCGCCACUAUGAGACCAGCAGCGACUGUGCUGAGCUGACCUCCUUCCUGAGCAGGUGUCACUCCUGCAGGGUACAGAGCGGCUGCUUCAUGGUCUACGACCGCUCCAACUACAUGGGCAACCAGUACUUCAUGAGGAGGGGCGAGUAUGCCGACUACAUGAGCAUGAUGGGAAUGAGGGACUGCAUUAGGUCUUGCCGCAUGAUUCCCAUGCACAGAGGAUCCUACAGGAUGAGGAUCUAUGAGAGGGAGAACUUUGGAGGUCAGAUGUACGAACUGAUGGAUGACUGUGACAACAUUAUGGACCGCUACCGCAUGUCUGACUGCAUGUCCUGCAACGUAAUGGACGGCCACUGGCUGAUGUAUGAGCAGCCCCAGUACAGAGGCAGGAUGAUGUACAUGAGGCCCGGCGAGUACAGGAGCUUCAGGGACAUGGGAUACAGCGGCAUGAGGUGGAUGAGCAUGAGGCGCAUCAUGGACUCCUACUAUUAAACUCUACUAAAUAAAGAUUAUAAACAGUA